UAAAAUUUAAUCUUAAACAUGCAGAUGUAUUUACUGUCAGCCUCCACAGAGCAUAAAUCAAAAUGGCAGGUAUUAGAAAAACUUGUUAGAUUGGUGUUAGAAGAAGCAAAGCUGGGCCCAUGGUUUAAUUAUUUUUCCCUUUAAUUAUAAUAAUUGUGUGUGUGUGAGUUGCCUGGUUGGUUUGAGGUCUAUCAUUUUAUUAUUUUUGUUUGUCUCCUCUGAGUUUUGUUCCUCUGCCCUUUUUUUUUUAUUAUUUUAAAAAGAUUUUUAGUAUUCCAUUUUUAUUUUAUCUAUUGACUUUUUGGCUUUGUAUUAUUUUUAAGUGGUUGUUCAAGGAGUUACAAUAAAUACAACUAACUUUUUGAAAUCUAUUUAGAGUUAUAUUUUUACAAGUUCAAGUAAAACCUCGAAGCCCGACAAACAAAUAACACCCUUGACCAUCUGUUGUCUUUUAUGUUUCCUGUGUUUUCCCUUUAUGUUAUUUUUUCCUUUAUAUUAUUACAUCUACAUACAUUGAAAACCCCACCAAUGUGAUAAUUUUUGCUUUGAACAGUCAUACAUACUUUAAAGAAUUUGAAUUUGAGAGGAGAAAAAUAGUCUGUUAUAUUUAUCUAGAUGUUUACUGUUUUGGUUGCUCUUCCUUCAUUCCUAAAGUUCCAAGUUUACCUCUGGUGUCAUUUCCCUUCGGCCAUUAGAACUUCCUAUGGUGUAUAUUUUAGUGCAGGUCUUCUAGUGACAAAUUCUCUGAGUUUUCCCUCAUUUGAGAAUGUUUUUAUUUGGCUUUCAUUUCUGAAGGAUAAUUUUGGUGUAUAUAGAAUUCUGGAUUGACAGUUCUUUGCGUUCAACAAUUUAAAGAUAAAUGUUCUACUGUCUUCAGGCCUCCAUGGUUUCACCAUCUUACUGGUUGUUCUUCAUAUUUUGACUUUUCUCACUGAUCCUCCUGCUGUGGUAUUUUGUCCACAGGUAGUUACUUUUUGUGUUUUCUUCAGAGGUUUUAAUUUUAAUCAGUGGGUGUCAUGGAUUGAGUUAUGUCCCCCAAAAAAUGUGUCUAUCAACUUGGUUAGGCCAUGAUUCCCAGUAUUGUGUGGUUGUCCUCCAUUUUGUGAUUGUAAUUUUAUGUUAAGAGGAUUAGGGUGGUAUUGUAAUCCCACCCUUACUCAGCCCAUCUCCCUGACCCAGUGUAAAGGGAGUUUCCCUGGGGUGUGGCCUGCACUCCCUUUUCUCUCUUAAGAGAAAAGAGAAGGAAGGAAAGAGGAAAGGAAAGAGAAGCAAGCAGAGAGUUGGGGACCUCAUACUACCAAGAAUGCAGUGCCAGGAGUAGAGAGUGUCCUUUGGACCUGGGGUCCCUGUGCCUGAGAAGCUUCUCAACCAGGGAAAGAUUGAGGACAGGGACCUUCUUCCAGAGCUGACAGAGAGAGAAAGCUUUCCACUGGAGCUGAUACCCUGAAUUUGGACUUUUAGCCUACUUUACUCUGAGAAAAUAAAUUUCUCUUUGUUAAAGCCAUCCACUUGUAUUUCUGUUAUAGCAGCACUAGAUGACAAACCCAGUGGGAGAGAUAGGCUGGAGUAGGCUUACUCCAUCUUGGCUGGUACCAGAAGUCCCAAUUUGUUCUCUGUUAGCCACUGGAAAAAGAUAUUUUGCAAAGAAAUUAUAGCUUUGUGAGAAAAACCAGGACAGGGCUAUAGUUCUUUUUUCCUGGAGCAUAUUCAUGCUCCCAAUGACUUAUUCUAUAAUCUCAUAUUUAACAUGAUGCUGUUAAGCAGCUUUUUUCUAUAUGUAGUGCCCGGACCUCUCCUCUGGGCUUCCUUGCAACAUACAAAUGAUUUUCACUUAUCCCUUAAAUGAUAAUGUAUCAUUGGGGUAGGAAACCCUGGUAGCGUAGUGGUUAAGAGCAUAGCUGCUAACCAUAAAGGUCAGCAGUUCGAAUCCACCAGGUGCUCAUUGGAAACCCUAUGUGGCACUUCUGCUCUGUCCAAUAGUGUCUCUGAGUUGGAAUCGGCUUAAUGGCCAUGGGUUUUGUUUGGAAACCCUGGUGGUGUAGUGGUUAAGUGCUAUGGCUGUUAAACAAAGGGUCAGCAGUUCAAAUCCACUAGGUGCUCCUUGGAAGCAGGUGCUGUCCAAGAAGUAGUUGGUAGAUUUGAACUGCUGACCUUUUGGUUAGCAGCCAAGUUCUUAAUCACUAUGCCACCAGGGCUCCAUCGUUGGAGUGGUACUACCAUAAAGUGUAAUGAAGAUUUUUUUUUUUUUAAUAUUUUAUUGUGUUUAAGGAGAAAGUUUCCACAGCAAAUUAGGUUCCCACUUACCAAUUACUAUACAAAUUGUUCAGUGAUAUUGCUACAUUUUUCACAAUGUGUCACCAUUCUCAUUAAUUCCAUUCUGGAUCUUUUGUUUCCAGUAAUCUGGCUUCUCUUUCCUUUUCAGUUUUGUCUUUGCUUUAGAGUAAUUGUUGACCAUUUGGUUCAUAUAGAUGAUUUUUUAAAGGAACACAGUACUCACUGGUAAUAUAUUUUAUGAGCCAGUCUAUUAUUUAGCUAAAAGGGGAUCUCAGGGGGUAGUUUCAUUUCAAGGUUUAUGGAGUAUCUCAGGGUGAUAGUAUUGGGGAGUCCUCUAGUCUUACCCUAACCCGUAAGUCUAGAUUUUUUAAGAAUUUGAAUUCUGUUCUGUAUUUUCCUCCUCUUCUAUCAGGAUCUAUUGUGGCCCUGACCAGAACUGUCGUUAGCGGUAGCUGGGCACCAUCUAGUUCUUCUGGUCUCAGGGUAAAUGAGGCCGUGGUUUGUGUAGACUAUUAGUCCUGUGGACUGGUUUCUUCUCUGAGUCUUUGGUUCCCUUCUUUGUCUUUUGUUCUGCACUAGAAGAGACCAAUAGUUGUAUCUUAGAUGUUAAUGAAGAUUUGAGGAAGGGAGAAAUAAAUUAUUGGAUGUAAACAUGCAAGGUAGGAAAUUAGAGGUGCAUUUUCACUUAUAUUAUUGCUAGUCUUUCUGUGAGAUUUGUCUAGCAUCUCCCACUAUGGUUCUAGAAGCCAUGCAAGUAAUUUUAAGCAAAGUUUCUAUAAACAUGAAUCUUUUCACGGGAAGGAAUAUGGCAGGGACAUAUAAACAAAGACAGGAGCUGAGGAAACAGGAAGGGACAUGAAGCAGGGACCAAGGAGGAAGUUUACAAUAUAUCUUAGAUAUCGUGCUUACUGGGAUUCUUAAUAAAAACUUAAAAAAUACCCAGAGAGGUUGUCCUGUCCUUCACGUGUCAACCUGUCAUAACUAGCAGUUCCUGAGUGGUUAUGACAUCAAUUCUGUCUUCCAUGGACUAUACCUGCAGCAGCCUCACUGUUCCUAAGCACAGGUCAGUAUAGGAAGAUUUGGGAGUAGGAAAGGUAGUAUAAACCAAAGAUCAAAAUAACUUCUCUGGGACAAAUUUUUCACAAAGUACUAACCUGUAUAUGGCCCAGGUUGCAGUGCCUUGGUCCCAUGAUAGGUGCAUUUGAUACCCAAGCUGGGGCCUUCCGAACCCCCAGUUAGCCAAGCUCCCUUGCCUUGAACUAGAGCAAGACAGUUGGCUCCAAGCAAUUGGGAGACUGGUAAGCCUUUGUAGCCAAUUUGAUCAUUCACAUUUUCCCACGGACUGCUUCCAUCUGCUCAGGUAUCAUUGAUACUGUGAGUUUUCUGUACCGCUUUGUAUGGUGUGGCUUAGCUUGAAAUAUAGACCAUAGCUGGCCUUUAAAGCACUUUUCUUUCGAUCUCCAACAUACAGACAGGUAAGGAAAAUAGUCUGAAAAAUUAAUGAUUAAUAUGUUUCACCUUCAUUUCUUUCUCUUUCUUCCUUUCUCUCCCUCUCUCUUUUCCUUAUUGUUUUAAACACACCCGCAUGUCUGUGCCUGUGAAGAUUUGCUUUGUUUUGAGAAGCUGAAUUGUGCAAUUGUUACAAGGCCACGCGCAUACCCAGUUCCAUACUAGGCCCGUUUUCUGUCUCUUUAAGUGAUUUAGCCAAGGAAUAUUUGAUGGGAAAAACAAGGAAGUUCAGUAACUUCACAGUUUGUUUCUUUCAGAGUAACUUAUCUUGCUAAAUGCUUAAUGGGCAUGGGGUGGGGAGGAAGGGUGGGAAAGAGAAAGGGUGGAGCGUUCCUGUUGCGCUUACAGUAGCUGUAAAUUCCUGCAAUGCAGACUGCUCCCAUAAGCCCCUCCCAUGUUCCCUUCCCACUUUAUCCUUUCCUCUUUCCUUGUUUUCCUCUCCCAAUCUUACCCCAAAUGUAAAUGUGGUUAUGGUUGGUACCUUGGGGGUGAGAGGAGGACCUAGAUAUCUCUCUACCACCCCCAUACUCUCUCUUCUCACCAACUUGCUUGGCUAGUCUACAAAUGCUUCAUUAUGGUUUUCCUCUCAAUUUGUUAUUUAAAAAAAAAAAAAAAUUCGCUGUCCAUUUAGCUUCUUCUGACGUGUUCUUUUAGAUUUUCAUAUAUCUGAUGGCAGCCAUUUUGAAAGUCCAGCAGAAAUGUGGCCUUCAUGACCCAAAGCAUGACCUACUUCACUACUUGGGAUAAGUUCCUUUGAAGAGGUCCUAUCUCUUUGGAAACAAAAAAUUCUUUUUAUCUUUGGGUCUAAUUUAACUUUUUUUGUUUUUCUGAAUGUGCACUGAACUCUCCUGAUCGGAGGCUAAUUGGUGAUUAGUCAAAUGUCCAGAUGAGUUAGAACUGAAGGCUGAAAUGAUAGUUUAAAACAGUGGCUUCUCAACGUUUUUUAUAUGCUUGAUUUCAGUUUUAAAUACUAGAUUUUUGCCAGCACAUUUGAAGGGAUUUAAAGACACUUAACGGGAAUUAAGGAACAAUACUGGCUAACUCAGAAAAUAAUUAUAACAGUCAUUUCUGCGAUAUAACAAUGUCAAGGUCCAUAACAGCAUCAUUGUUCAUUUCAUCUUUUGUCCCAUCCCCUUGCUAUCGAGCAGAUUCCAACUCAUAGCGACCGUAUAGAAUAGAGUAGAACUGCCCCAUGGGGUUUCCAAGGAGCAGCUAAUGGAUUUGAAUGGCCAACUUUUGGUUAGGAGCCAAGCUGUUAACCACCAGGCCAUGAGGACUAUGUUAUUGAGCAAAGUCCUCCAAUAUUUCAGUAAGUACACAAUCUUUGUUGCUAGCUGGAUAGUAUACCAUGUGUCUGCUUCUUAUCUCUUUGUAGCCAGUCAUACCCUCUUCUACACUACAUCUCAUGGUAUACUCAGCUUCAUGUUCCAUCCGACACACAUCACCAUAAAUGUAUACUCACUGGUAGCAAAACUAUAUUUCAGGGGUCGGCAAACUUUUUCUAUAAAAAUUAUUGCUGUUGUUAGAUGCUGUUGAAUCUACUUUGACUCAUAGAGACUCCAUGUGACAGAGUAGAACUACCUGGUAAGGAUUUACAGGCUGUAAUCUUUAUGGGAGCAGAUCAACAGGUCUUACUCAUGUGGAGCCACUGGGUGAGUGUGAACUGCCAACCUUUCAGUUAACAGCUGAGUACUUCUCAUUGUUACUGUGUGCCGUCGAUUCCGACUCACAGGGACCCUGUAGGACAGAGUAAAACUGUCCCAUAGAGUUCCCUAGACUGUAAUCUUUACAGGAGCAGAUCACUAGGUCUUUUCUUCUGAACUGCUGCUGGGUUUGAACUGCCAACCUUUUGUUUAGCAGCCGAGUGCUUAACCAUUGCUCCACCAGGGCCCCUGCAAUAUUUUUGGCUUUGUGGGCCAUAUAGUCUCUGUUGCAACUGUUCACCUCUGCCAUUGUGGUGUGAAAGUAGCCAUAGACAGUAUAUAAACAAAUGAGCAUGGGUGUGUUCCAGUAAAACUUUAUUUAAAAGGAGGUGCCUGGCUGAAUUUGACCCACAGGCUGCAGUUUGCUGACCCCUGCAAUGUGUAAUAAACUGAUAAAACAAAGCUUAUGGUAGGUUUAAAGACUGAAUUGAAGGAUUGCAGUCAGUGCUCAUGCUGACCAUUGUUAAUGAAUAAGGAAGACCGAAGAAGAACUGACGCCUUUGAAUUAUGGUGUUGGGAAGAAUAUUGAAUAUAGCAUGGACUACCAAAAAGAAUGAACAAAUGUGUCUUGGAAGAAGUACAGCUAGAAUGCCCCUUAGAAGCAAGGGUGGUGAGACUUUGUCUCACAUACCUUGGACAUGUUAUCAGGAGGGAUCAGUCCCUGGAGAAGGACAUCAUGUUUGGUAAAUUAGAGGGUCAGCGAAAAAAGAGGAAGACCCUCAAUGAGAUGAACUGACAGAGUGGUUGCAACAAUGGGCUCAAACAUAGCAACAAUUGUGAGGAUAGUGCAUUAGGGUCACUACGAGUUGGAACCAACUCCAUGGCACCUAACAACAACAACCACCACAGCUGACUUGAAGGGGAUCACUCUGAAUCUUUACCCUUGACUAAUUUGUCUACCUCUUGUUGCCAUCCCACCACAAUUCUAACUAGUAGUAUAACAGUCAUUGUCAGACGGGAGGUAGAGAAUGAGAGAGAUUGAUAUCUAAUUUCUCAGGUAUAGUCUGGUACAAGCUCUCUCUUUUUACUAAUACCAUUAUGUACCUCACAGAUCAUCACCUAGCAAAUAUAGAUAGAUGGAUACAAUUUUUAUUCCAUAAAAAAGUUUGAAAACAGUCAUAGUUUUCCCCAUUUCUGCCUUCCAACUAAUAUUCAGUUCUUCUGUCAUUACUAUGUCCUUUGUUUAAAUAUUAGACAGGAGAUGUUUGUGUGUACUUUUAGCACUUUGGUGGGCCAGCCUUUUUGUAAAUUUCUGUAGAUCUUUUAUUACUGUUUAACAUUCGGUGGAAUGAUUGUGUUCCUUUAUCUUGAGUUCUUCCUGUCUGCUCUGUUCUUGGUAUCAGUUCAAGCCUUAAAUCAUGAGUGCCAAUAAUAGCAGGUAUCCUUGCUUGCCCAUUCCUGUUAGACAAGGUAGCAUGCUCUCGUGUGCAGUUUCUGCUCAUGCUAAGAGGUAGGACAGGGCACUUAGGUGGCUUAAGUGAUUGGAAAUAAACACUGAAGUUUUCUAACCUUCAUUUUCCAGUUCAGGUUUGAUGUAUAAUAAAGUAUCUCGUGGUUCAUGUGGAACUCAUCUUGAUUCCAAUCCCCGUUAGUCAGGAUUUGAUAUAUGUAAUCGACUCUACAAUUUAUGUAAUUGGCAGAAAAAGGCCAUAGCUUUCUGGGUUGAGCAGAUGCACUUUUGUAUUCAGCUGUACAAGUUGCUGUGAAAGUUUGGUGGUCCUGUAUGUCUGACCAUUUCCCCCUUCAGUUCUCGGACUGACUUAACUCCCCAUUUAGUCCAUCAAAAUAUUUUCCCUUGGUACAUAUUGUUACACUGGAAAUAUCCAUUUAAACAUGAGAAUUAUGUACUUCAUUUCUGGCUUCUCAUUGUAUGGUGGGAGAUACCAUAGAGGAGACACAAAGGAGAUUGCAACAAUUGAAGCUUAACUUUCUUACCAGAGCAAAGGAGUGAUGGCUGGCCUCCUCCAGGAGCACAAGGAAGUAAAGAACAGGGCUUUGUAAAGAGCAGUUGUGCAGACCAAUUGCAUUUCCUCCUAUGAGAGAGUGACAGUCCAAGAUUAUAAGGGAAAAUAAAUAGAUAUUAUCUAUAUAGAAAAGCUUUUCAAAGGGCCUCUCGAGAAGACAAAGUAAAGUAUUAUAAUGGCAUGUGCAAAGAGCUGGAGAUGGAAAACCAAAAGGGAAGAACACGGUUGGCAUUUCUCAAGCUGAAAGAACUGAAGAAAAAAUUCAAGCCCCUAGUUGCAAUAGUGAAGGAUUCCAUGGGGAAAAUAUUAAACGAUGCAGGAAGCAUCAAAAGGAGAUGGAAGGAAUACACAGAGUCAUUAUACCAAAAAGAAUUAGUCGAUAUUCAACCAUUUCAAGAGGUGGCAUAUGAUCAGGAACCGAUGGUACUGAAGGAAGAAGUCCAAGCUGCUCUGAAGGCAUUGGUGAAAAACAAGGCUCCAGGAAUUGAUGGAAUAUCAAUCGAGAUGUUUCAACAAACAGAUGCAGCGCUGGAGGUGCUCACUCGUCUAUGCCAAGAAAUAUGAAAGACAGCUUCCUGGCCAACUGACUGGAGGAGAUCCAUAUUUAUGCCUAUUCCCAAGAAAGGUGAGCCAACCGAAUAUGGAAAUUAUAGAACAAUAUCAUUAAUAUCACACGCAAGCAAAAUUUUGCUGAAGAUCAUUCAAAAACGGCUACAGCAGUGUAUAUCGACAGGGAACUGCCAGAAAUUCAGGCCGAUUUCAGAAGAGGAUGUGGAACCAGGGAUAUCAUUGCUGAUGUCAGAUGGAUCCUGGCUGAAAGCAGAGAAUACCAGAAGGAUGUUUACCUGUGUUUUAUUGACUGUGCAAAGGCAUUCAACUGUGUCGAUCAUAACAAACUAUGGAUAACACUGUGAAAAAUGGGAAUUCCAGAACACUUACUUGUGCUCAUGAGGAACCUUUACAUAGAUGAGAGGUAGUUGUUUGGACAGAGCAAGGGGAUAGUGAUUGGUUUAAAGUCCGGAAAGGUGUGUGUCAGGGUUGUAUUCUUUCACCAUACCUAUUUAAUCUGUGUACUGAACAAAUAAUCCGAGAAGCUGGACAAUAUGAAGAAGAACAGGGCAUCGGGAUUGGAGGAAAACUCAUUAACAACCUGCGUUAUGCAGAUGACACAACCUUGCUUGCUGGAAGUGAAGAGGACUUGAAGCACUUACUAAUGAAGAUCAAAGACCACAGCCUUCAGUAUGGAUUGCACCUCAACAUAAAGGAAACAAAAAUCCUCACAGCUGGACCAAUGAGCAACAUCAUGAUAAACUGAGAAAAGAUUGAAGUUGUCAAGGAUUUCAUUUUACUUGGAUCCACAAUCAACAGCCAUGGAAGCAGCAGUCAAGAAAUCAAAAGACGCAUUGCAUUGGGCAAAUCUGCCUCAAAGGACCUCUUCAAAGUGUUGAAGAGCAAAGAUGUCACCCUGAAGACUAUGGUGCGCCUGACCCAAGCCAUGGUAUUUUCAAUCACAUCAUAUGCAUGUGAAAGCUGGACAAUGAAUAAGGAAGACUGAAGAAGAGUUGACGCCUUUGAAUUGUGGUGUUGGCGAAGAAUAUUGAAUAUACCAUGGACUGCCAAAAGAACGAACAAAUGUGUCUUGGAAGAAGUGGGGCCAGAAUGCUCCUUAGAGGCAAGGAUGGCGAGACUGCCUCUUACAUACUUUGGACAUGUUGUCAGGAGAGAUCAGUCCCUGGAGAAGGACAUCAUGCUUGGCGGAGUACAGGGUCAACAGAAAAGAGGAAGACCCUCAACGAGGUGGAUUGACACAGUGGCUGCAAAAAUGAGCUCAAGCAUAACAAUGAUUGUAAGGAUGGCGCAGGACCGGGCAGUGUUUCGUUCUGUUGUGCAUAGGGUCGCUAGGAGUCGGAACUGACUCGACAACAAUAACAUCUAUAUAGAUUCUAGAAAGGCUUUUGAUUUCAUCCAACAUGACAUCCUCAUCAAUCAACUAGGAAGGUCUGGUCCAGAUCACAUUGCAGUUAGGUGAAAACCCACUUGACAGAAGGACUUUACCCAAAGUGGGACUGGUGAGUUCUUCUAUUACCUGAGACCAGGUGCAGUCUUCCAUCUUGGAGUUCUGUUUGGAAGAGCAACAUACUUAGUAGGUUGCAAUCAGGAAUACCAUUGAAAAUAGGCAAUCAGGAAUACUUUUGAAAAUGUCAGACUAGGGAGAAGGGCAAGUAAGCAUGUCUUCAAAGGUCAUAGAACCAGACCCAAGAUAAAGAAAGAUUAAAUUCAUACAUAACAUAAAAGUCUUGGGCACCAGAAGGAAACUAACCUCCAUACAGAAAUGAUGCUGCUGUCAUGGUUACAUGGCACAUUCAAAUCGAGACAUACAAUUCUAGAGCUAAAGGGACCUUUGGUGUUAAAUUAUCCAUCCUCCUCAUUUUGCAGACAGCUGUCAGCCCAAGAGAGGAAGUUACAUGCCCAAGGUGACCCAAAAAAGUGACACAGUUAGUUAAUUGUAGGACAGGGAUGAAAACUCCUAGUUCAGUGUUCUUUUUACUCUAAAUUGUCACCAUUGAAUUUUUUUUAAUGCCUUUAUUGAGGCAUAUUUUAUAUAUUAUAUAAUCCACUCAUUUCAAAUGUACGAUUCAAUGAUUUUUCAAUAAAUUUACCAACUUGUACAGCCAUCACCAUAAAUCAGUUGUAGAACAUUUCCAUCACUCCAUUGAUCCCUCAUGUCGUUAACUGCUCACCCCCUCACCCGCCCUCCGGCCCUAGGCAACCACUAAUCUGCUUUCUGUCUCUCUAGAUUUGCCUUUUUAGGUAUUUCAUAUUAACAGAAUCAUACCGUAUAUGGUCUCUUUUGUCUAGCUUCUUUCACUUAACAUGUUUUUGAGGUUUAUCUAUGUCUUAGCAAGUAUCAGUAGUUCAUUCUUUUUUAUUGCUGAAUAGUUGUCCAUUGUAUGGAUAUGCCACACUUUGUCUACUCUUUCACCAGUUGGUGGACAUUAGGGUUUUUUUCAAUUAUGGCUAUUAUUAUGCGGGAAAAAGAUGUGACAGUCUGCUCCCAUAAAGAUUACAGCCUUGGAAACCCUAUGGGGGCAGUUCUACUCUGUUGAUUAGGGUCACCAUGAGUCAGAAUCAAAUUGACUCAAUGGCAGUGGGUUUUUGUUGUUGUUGUUUAUGACUAUUAUAAAUGAUGCUGCCAAGAAUAUUUAUUUGUGACCAUUAGCUUUUUAAGUUCAAUAACUCCUCUCCUCAAAUUGGGGUUAAACUAUUCAUCAGAUGUAGCUUCUUCCCCUAACCUGUUUCUCCAGAUCUGGACAGUAGAGUUCCCUGAGACAGCAGCUAAAGUUGCUAUUAAUGUUCUAAUAAAUAGCCUUAGGGGAUUAAAUGAUCCAGAGAAGAAAGGGCUUGUUAAUCUAAUAACAGUCUUUUAUUCUGUGAUGGCUUAUGAGAAACUGUUAGCCAAAUGACCUCCAUCUUCACGGAAAAUAAAUGAGAGGAAUUGGAUUUAAACCUCAGCAAAAAACACUUCAGCUAGACAUAAGGAGACUCAUUUUAUAUGACAGUGGAUGUUAUCAAGUUAAUUUGCAAUAUUAUAAAAACAAAACUCAUGUAAUUUCCUCUCACAGAAGCUUAUAUGACUGGAUUUCAAUCUGUCUGAGGCCAGAUGGCCCCUGUGAUUCCCUGAAAGAAAGACAGUCCUUUGGUGAUACUUUUUGGUGUGAUUAAGGAAGACAUUUGGCCUUUCGUGUUCACAGAGGCAAUUUCAUUGUACUCAGGAGAAAUAAAACCAGCCAUUGGAAAGUUCGACACAAACCACUGGGUAUGGCAAAAGGAGACAGGACAUUGCUUCAAUGUCCUAAGAAGAGCAGGGCCCUCUAGCUACUAUUCUGUCCCUAAUAAUAGCUAAAGUAGUCAUUCCUUAAUUCUAGAGUUAUACAGUUACAAAGUAAUUCCACAUCUGUUACGGAUUGAAUUGUGUCCCCCAAAAAUGUAUAUCAACUUGGCUGUGAUUCCCAGUAUUGUGUGAUGGUCUACCAUUUUGUCAUCUGAUGUGAUUUUCCUAUGCAUUGUAAAUCCUACCUCUAUAAAGUUAAUGAGGCAGUAUUAGAGGCAGUUAUGUUAAUGAGGCAGGACUCAGUCCACAAAAUUAGGCUGUAUCUUGUGUCAAUCUCUUUCGAGAUAUAAAAGAGAGAAGUGCACAAAGAAAGGGAGGGACCCCAUGCCACCAAGAAUGGAGAGCCAGGAGGGGAGUAUGUCCUUUGGACCUGAGGUCCCUGCACUGAGAAGCUCCUAGACCAGGGCAAGAUUGAUGACAAGGAUCUUCCCUAGGGUCGACAGAGAGAGAAAUCCUUCCCCUGGAGCUCACAUCCUGAAUUCAGACUUCUAGAGAAUAAAUUUCUCUUUGUUAAAGCCAUCCACAUGUAGUAUUUCUGUUACAACAGCAGUAGAUAACUAAGACAACAUUUAAUCCCCUUUUGAUUUUAUGAGUCAGAAUGGACUCGACGGCACUGGGCUUGGUUUGGUUUUUGGAUUUCAUAUUUGAGCCUUUAGUGGUCUCUACAAUUACCUGUGUGAUAGAUACCAUCACAUGGCAGUUCAAAGCCCUUUCCAGUCUGGUUGCAUCCUAUUGUUCUGCUUUUAUCUCUUGUCAUGUGCAGGGACGGGCUCUGGUCACGUUGAACUAUUCACCUUCUCUGGAAUACCUCACAUGCUUUAGUGCCUCUAUAUUUUGACUAUACUGUCUCUCUGUAUCCUUGGUCUAUUUGGAGAACUCAGACUCAGCCUGUAAUCAGGCCUACACACUAUCUCUUCUCUAGGUAAAUGUUCUCCUUUCUUAAGCCUCAGCAGAAUUCAUUGCUCCCCAUUUGGGGCACCAUAAAAAUAAAAAAAUAAAAAUCCAUUGCCAUUGAGUCAAUUCUGACUCACGAUGACCCCAUAUGUUACAGAGAACUGCCCCAUGGGGUUUUCUUGACCAUCAUCUUUAUAGAAACAGAUCACCAGGUCUUAUUUCUGUGGAGCUGCUGGUUGGGUUUGAACCACCAACCUUUAGGUUAGCAGCCGAUUGCAAACUGCUUGUACCACCCAGGGGCCUUUGGGCACCCAUACUGAUUGGAUAAUACAGUACAAAGUACUAGCUGUUUGACUUUGGAUGAGCAGCUUAACUUCUCUAUGUUUUUCUUACUUUAUCUGGGAUACUUUUGUAUCUUUCAGAGGAAUCUUAUGAAACCCAAAUACCAAAGCAUAUUAUAUACAAAUGUAAUGGGUUAGUGGUAAGAGUAGAAAUAUGAACACAGCACUUCAGGUUAUAUUUACAACCAGUUGACUGUGGGUCAUCUUGAUCCUUGAGAACAGCAAUCGUGUUGUAUUCACUUUUGUAUCCUAAGCACUGAGCCAACCUCCUGAUACAUUAUAAAUUGGAUUGAAUCUUUGUGAAGUAGGCAGUGAGAUACUGUCAUCAUCAUUUUGCAGAUUAGAAAUUGAUCCCCACGUGCUAAGUAAUAUAAUGAUUGAGUCAUUAAGUCCUGGUCACCUUUCCCUGAGUUCACCAAUAGAACUUCCAGAGACUUUUGAAGGACUUGUACUCUGACUCUAUCUAGUAUUAAGGGUUGUUAGGUGCCAUCAAGUCUACUCUGACUCACAGCAACCCUAUGUAUGACAGAAUGAAAUGUUGCCUGGUCCCGUGCCAUCCUCACAGUAGUAGGAAUGUUUGAGCCCAUUGUUGCAAUCAUUGUGUCAAUCCAUCUCAUUGAGGAUCUUCCUCUUUUUUCAUUGACCCUCUACUUUACCAAGCAUGAUGUCCUUCUCCAGAGACUGGUCUCUCUUGAUAACACGUCCAAAGUAAGCAAGAAACGCAUAAACAUCGAUAUUCUAGGCAUUAAAACCCAGUGCCGUCGAGUCAAUUCCGACUCAUAGUGACCCUGCAUUAGUGAGCUGAAAUGGACUGGUAUUGGCCAUUUUUAAUUGGACAAUAUAUGAUUUACUGUGCCGGGAAUGAAAACUUGAAGGGGAAUGGCUUUGUGUUCAUCAUCAAAAAGAACAUUUCAAGAUCUAUCUUGAAGAACAGGGCUGUCAGUGAUAGGAUAAUAUCCAUAAGCCUACAAGGAAGACCAGUUAAUAUGACUGUUAUUCCAAUUUAUACACCAACCACUAAGGCCAAAGAUGAAGAAAUUGAAGAUUUUUACCAACUUCUGCAGUCUGAAAUUGACUGAGCAUGCACUCAGGAUGCAUUGAUAAUUACUGGUGAUUUGAAUGUGAAAGUUGGAAACAAAGAAGAAGGAUCAGUAGUUGGAAAAUACGGCCUUCGUGGUCAUAGAAAUGAUGCCAGUGAUUGCAUGGUAGAAUUUUGCAAGGUCAACAAUUUCUUCAUUGCAAAUACCUUUUUUCAGCAGCAUAAAUGGUGACUAUACACAUGGACCUUGCUGGAUGGAAUACACAGGAAUCAAAUUGACUACAUCUAUGGAAAGAUUUGAUGCAUUGAACACAUGACUGAAGACGAAACGAGUUGUGCAAGUACAUCAUACGUGAAGAAAGCAAGAGGUCAUUAAAAAGACAGAAAAGACCAAAAUGGAUGUCAGAAGAGACUCUGAAACUUGCCCUGGAAUGUUGAGUGGCUAAACUGAAAGGAAGAAAUGAUGAAGUGAAAGAGCUGAGCGAAAAAUUUCAAAGGGUGGUUCGAGAAGUCAAAGUAAAUUAUUAUAAAGAAAUGUGCAAAGACCUGGAGUUAGAAAACCAAAAGACAAGAACACGCUUGGCAUUUCUCAAGCUGAAAGAACUGAGGAAAAGAUUCAAGCCUCGAGUUGCAAUAGUGAAGGAUUCUAUGGGCAAAAUACCGAACAACACAGGAAGCAUUAAAAGAAGAUGGAAGGAAUACACUGAGUCACUAUACCAAAAAGAAUUGGUCAAUGUUCAGCCAUUUCAGGAGGUAGCCUAUGAUCAAGAACGGAUAAUACUGGAGGAAGAAGUCCAAGCAGCACUGAAGGCAUUGGCAAAAAGCAGGAGUUGACAGAAUACCACUUGACAUGUUUCAGCAAACAGAUGCAGUGCGGAAAGUGUUCAUUCGUUUGUGCCAAGAAAUUUGGAAGACAGCUACCUGGCCAACUUGUUACCAAUUGCCAAUCUGAUUCAAAGGGCCCUUGUCUUUUCCUGAGUAAGAAUACACGCGAAAGACAAACUUUAUCUUCAGCAAGCUUUAUUUUGCUUGAGUCAAGCAAAAGGAGUCAGCGGGGAUCUAAGCCUCUCCAAAAGACUGACUCAAAAAGGGAAGCAUGGCUAGGGCUUAUUUGGGUUCCGUGGAGACAAUAGAGUAAUGAAUAUUUAGUGGGCUUCUUUCAAGGGGCGUGUGCUUCUCAGAAUGGUGGUGUAUGCUAAGUAGGUUGUAACCUGUAAUCUAAGAUGGAACCUGCUGAUAUUCAAGAUGGAGUCCUCUGGGCAGCCGUUGGCAUCACUUAUUAUGGGAUAUAGGGCAAGCACACUGAUCUUUGGCACUACCUUGCUAUCUUCGGAGGGUUAAGGAAGAUUAAACAGCGGUCACACUUUGUUCUUCUGCACAUGAGGGAGCCUGUAAAGGGGGAAGGGACUAGAAAAACACUAAGAAGGAGAUAGUAAUUCAAGGGUUGUUUAAACCUUAUCUCUUGUUGACAGGGUGUGGUUCCUGGUUACCCAACUUCUAGAUGGUAAUCUUUUAACAGCUCUUUAGUUCCGCCAGCACAGUUAACCCUAUCUGUCUCAAACUGACUGGAAGAAUCCAUAUUUGUGCCCAUUCCAAGGAAAGCUGAUCUAACCGAAUGCGAAAAUUAUUGAACAGUAUCAUUAAUAUCACACACAAAUAAAAUUUUGCUGAAGAUCAUUCAAAAGCAGUUGCAGCAGCGCAUUGACAGGGAGCUGCCAGAAAUUCAAGCCAGAUUCAGAAGAGGAUGUGGAACAAGGGAUAUCAUUGCUGAUGUCAGUGGAUACUAAUUGAAAGCAGAGAAUACCAGAAAGAUGUUUACCAGGUGUUUUAUCGACUACACAAAGCAUGUGACUGUGUGGAUCAUAACAAAUUACGGAUAGUAUUACAAAGAAUGGGAAUUCCAGAACACUUAACUGUGCUCGUAAAGAACUCGUACAUAGAGCAAGAGAUAGUUGUUGGAACAGAACAAGGGGAUACUGUGUGGUUAAAAGUCGGGAAAAGUGUGCAUCAGGGUUGUAUCCUUUCAGUAUUCUUAUUUAAUCUGUAUGCUGAGCAGAUAAUCCUAGAAGCUGGACCAUAUGAAGAAACAGGGCAUCAUGGUUGGAGGAGGACGCAUUAACAACCUGUAAUGUGCAGAUGACACAACCUUGCUUGCUGAAAGUGAAGAGGAUUUGAAGCACUUACUGAUGAAAUCAAAGACUACAGCCUUCAGUAUAGAUUACACCUCAACAUAAAGAAAACAAAAAUCUUCACAACGGGACCAAUAAGCAACAUCAUGAUACGGAGAAAAGACUGAAGUUGUGAAGAAUUUCAUUUUACUUGAAUCUGCAAUCAACACCCAUGGAAGCAGCAGUCAAGAAAUCAAAUGAUGCAUUGCAUUGGGCAAAUCUGCUGCGAAAGACCUCUUUAAAGUAUUGAAAACAAAGAUCGUGUGUCAGACCCAAGCCAGCCGUGUUUUCAGUUGCCUCAUAUGCAUGUGAAAGCUGGGCAAUGAAUAAGGAAGACCAAGGAUAUUGAAUAUGCUAUGGACUGCUAAAAGAAUGAACAAGUCUGCCUGGGAAGAAGUACAGCCAGCAUGCUCUGUAGAAGCGAGAAUGAUGAGACUUCAUCUCACAUACUUUGGACAUAUUAUCAGGAAGGACCAGCCUCUGGAGAAGGACAUCAUGCUUGGUAAAGCAGGGGAUCAGUGAAAAAGAGGAAGACCCUAAACGAGAUGGACUGACCCAGUGGCUGCAAGAAUGGGCUCAAGCAUGACAAUGAUCAUGAGGAUGGCGCAGGACCCUAUUGUACAUAGGGUCGCUAUGAGUUGGAACCAACUUGACAACACCUAACAACAAUAACAAGAAGUUAAACAUUUGACUAACUGUGUUAUAUAUGAACUGUACCUGUUCUAACUUACGCAUAAAUUUGACUUAAAGAGAGAUUUAGAAACGGAACUUGUUCAUAAUCCAGGGACUGUCUGUAAUCUGAUUCAAUCUAGUAUCAAGGGUGGUGGUUGUUGUUGUUAGUUGUCAUCGAGUCAGUGUGGACUCAUGGCGACCCCAUGUGUGCAGAGUGGAACUGCUCCAUAGGGUUUUCAAGGCUUUGACCUUUCAGAAGCAGAUCACCAGGCCUAUCUUUCCGUGUGCCUCUGGAUGGGUUCGAAGCACCAGCCUUUCAGCUAGUAGUCAAGCACUUAACCAUUUGUACCACCUAGCUGCCUAAUAUUAUCGAGGGUAGUAUUUCUCAAAGUAUUGUUUGGGACCAUCUACAGACUCACUUAAAAAUCUAAAAUCACAUUGCACAAAUGCAGUGUUGAGCAAAAAAAGCUAGACACAAAGAAGUACAUGCUGUGUGAUUCCAUUUAUUUAUGGUGCAAAAACUAAUCUAUGCUGUUAGUUGUCAGGAGAGCAGUUACCCUUGCGAGGUGAGAGAUACUGGAAAGAGGGAAGAAGGGCUUCAUGGGGCCAGUGAUGUCUUAUUUCUUGAUCCAUGUGCUGUGACAUGAGUAUGUAUAGUUUUUGAAAUUCUUUCACCUGUACACUUAUGAUUGAUACUUUUUUUUGUAUGAAUGUUACACUUCAUAAAGUUUCCAAAGCGUAGAUCCAUGGCCUCAAAGCAGAUCCACUAAACCAGAAUCUCUGGAGGUAGGACCUGGCGGUGGGGUGGGGGUGGGGGGCCUGCAUUUUAAUAAGAGUCCCCCAUUUUCCAUGUUUUUCUUCAGCACAUUGAAUUUUGAGAACUUCUGCAGAAGAAGGGGGAUUAGGUAAAUCUUUCCAAUGCCCAAGAAUUCUUCAGUUCUACUCUAACAAUGAGGAUUCUUUAGAAAAGAAAUCUAUGAGUAAUUUACCUCUCCAGUUAGAAAAAUGCAUGUCAUCUUUCAGGUGCUUAGAGAGUAAACUAAGAAAUCAGAGAACUAUGGAAAUGUUCAUUUUUAUAUUUGUGCAGUUUUUGUAAUAUAUUUUAUAUAAUAUUAUAUUCCUAUAGAGUUUUAUAUUUUCCUUUUAAAAAUAUUAUCUUUGAAUGUGUCAUUCAUGCUAUAAUUUAUGAAUAUUUAUUUACAAGAGUAGACAACAUUUUAUUGAGGCCCUCUAAAAAUGGCAGGUGCUAGGACCUGAUGGAAUUCAGGCAGCUGAAAUCUAAGAUGAGACAUCAUCACUAGGGGGUGUGGUGCAGUUUAAGCAGGUGCAGAAAAGCCAGUUUUUCCACAUAGGAGCUACUUAGACUCCAUUUCAGCUCUCUGCAUACCACCUCCAAGAUUCUGGCAGCUUUUACACUUGCUCAUUAAGCUGAAAGCAUGUUUCUUGCAAAGGCUUUUUUGGAAGGGGCAGAUCAUGGUCUUGGAGAAGCUCUUGGAGGCCUUCUUGGGGGAGGCGGUCAAAGAGCAGCAACAGGAGGAGGAAAUAUCAGAGGGAUAGUUGGAGGGAUUGUGAAUUUUAUCAGUGAGGCCGCAGCAGCUCAGUAUACUCCAGAACCGCCUCCCACUCAGCAGCAUUUCACCAAUGUGGAGGCCAACGAAAGUGAAGAAGUUAAGAGGUUUCGGCAGCAAUUUGCACAACUGGCUGGACCGGACAUGGAGGUGGGUGCCACUGACUUGAUGAAUAUUCUCAACAAAGUCAUUGCUAAGCACGCGGAUCUGAAUACCGAUGGCUUCAGUCUUGACACGUGCCGGAGCAUUGUGUCUGUCAUGGACAGUGACACGACUGGGAAGCUGGGCUUUGAAGAAUUUAAGUAUCUGUGGAACAACAUCAAGAAAUGGCACUGUGUUUUUAAGCAAUAUAACAGCAACCAUUCUGGGUCCCUGGGAAGUUCGCAGCUGCGGGGGGCUGUGCAGGCAGCAGGCUUCCAGCUAAAUGAACAAUUCUACCAAAUGAUUAUCCGCCGAUAUGCCGAUGAGGACGGGAGUAUGGAUUUUAACAACUUCAUCAGCUGCCUGGUUCGCCUGGAUGCCAUGUUUCGUGCCUUCAGGUCUCUGGAUCAAGAUGCCGAUGGCCUCAUUCAGGUGUCUAUCGAAGAAUGGCUGCAGUUGACCAUGUAUUCCUGAAGUGGCCACCAAGAAGGCCAGCCCCGCACAGGAGGACAGGACUGCUAGAAGCUGAGCUGAGCCAUCCAAAGGUUGCUGGUACCUGGCCAGUGCCGUCACAACUCCGCCUGUUCAUGAAGUUGUGCCACACUUUACUGCGUAAUUAAAAGAGGUUUUUCAUGAGAAACGAUUUGAGUGGUUUGUAUAAUGGGUUUCUGAGAUACUAGAGUCACAUAGACUUAUAUAUGUAAUGGCAGGGGAGGGGGUCGCAGGGCAAAGCCCUAAU